UGGAACUGUCAGUCACGUUGUGAAUGAAACAACUGACAAUCAGUCAGUCAUUUAACUUAUUUUUCUAUUUAAGGGAUGCUUUCAGCUGAACAAGCAAUUUGCUCAACAACCUGAAGCUUGCUAAAACUACAUGGUUUCGGCAGAGAAAUUCCAUGUGCGUCGUUUACUUUCAUUUGAUUGCUGGAUUAAGAUCCAUGACAAAGCUGCAUUUGUAGAAUACAUAUAUGUUUUUCUAGAGCCUGAAGAAUUGGCUUGUGAGACGCCAACUGAGAAAGACAUGGCAAUUCAGAAAUUCUUGUCCUUUUCACUUCGCCGGCGGUCAAUUUUAAAAUGCCAUUUGGCCGUUUGGCUCUUUUUAAGUCAUUUAUUGACAGACAUUUCCAGAACAUAACAAACCAUCUUUGUAAAUUCAGCCAUUUGGCAAGCAAAAAUGAUCAAUUCAACACUUCCCACCUUGUUAUUUUCUGUACGUUCUACAACAAUUCAUGAUCAAGCAAGCCCUUUUCAUAAAGGAAGGAAAAGCAGAUCAUCCUUCGCAUUUUACCUAAACCUUGCUUAUUCGUCGAAAAUGAAGCGAGUUUCCAUCGGGCUACUACCCAUUUUGAUCUUUCUCCUCUUAAAUGUGUCAAAUUCAGAAGAUGAACAAGUGAAGCAAUCUCUCGUGGGAUUCAUGGACAAACUUGCAGCUGUAAAUGUAGAAAGAGAUCAAAUUUGGGGUUGGAACAUGACUUCAGACCCCUGCAAAGACAAAUGGACGGGUGUAUCAUGUGAUUUGCAGUUGCAAUCCGUCAAGAAAGUAGUUCUAGAUGAGUUAAAUCUCACUGGAGUUCUAGAUAUUGGUUCAGUCUGCAGGGCAAGUUCCCUCUCCGUGCUUAGCCUGAACAAGAACAAUGUUGUUGGAUUGAUAUCAGAAGAGAUAGGCAAUUGCAAAAGUUUGACACACCUGUAUUUAAGUGGGAACCAAUUAUCCGGUCACCUUCCAGAUUCUCUGAAACAGUUGAGUAAUUUGAAAAGGUUUGAUAUAUCCAACAAUAACUUUUCCGGCGAGGUUCCUGAUUUGUCUCGAAUUUCAGGCCUAAUUACUUUCCUUGUUCAGAACAAUCAGCUUAGUGGAGAGAUUCCAAAUCUUGAUUUCUCCAAUCUGCUACAGUUCAAUGUCUCUAACAACAACUUCAGUGGUCCAGUUCCUUAUGUAAAAGGUCGGUUCUCUGCUGACAGUUUGUCGGGUAAUCCUGAACUAUGUGGAGAAUUAAUCUCAAAGGCAUGCCCACCAUCAUCACCAGCACCGCCAUCAACACGGAAAUCUAAAGAUUCAUCAAGCAAGCAGAUUCUUAUCUACUCUGGUUGUGCAGUUCUUGGCCUUAUAAUUCUGCUAUUUGUUGCCUUUAAAUUAGUCAGUAAAAAGAAGCCAAAAGAAGAGGCUAAUAAGGAAGUGGAAGCAAACACUAGCGGCAACAAGACUAGCAGUACUUCCAACGAAUCCAAGACCACUGAGCGUAAGUCAGAGUAUUCAGUAAGUUCUGCUGAGAGUGGAGUGGCCUUGUCACCCCUUGUAGUUCUUACAAGUCCAACAGCCCAAGGUUUAAGAUUUGAGGACCUGCUUCGAGCUCCUGCUGAAUUGCUUGGAAAGAGCAAACAUGGAAGCCUUUACAAGGUAAUGCUUGAUAAUGGGGCGACAACAUUGGUUGUGAAGAGGAUAAAGGACUGGAGUGUUACAAGUCAAGACUUCAAGAGGAGAAUGCAGAGGCUGGACCAGGCGAGGCAUCCGAAUGUAUUGCCAUCGGUUGCAUUUUAUUGUUCCAAGCAAGAGAAGCUCUUGGUAUAUGAAUAUCAACGGAAUGGCAGUCUUUUCAAGCUCCUCCACGGAUCCCAAAAUGGCCAGGCAUUCGACUGGGGAAGCAGAUUAAAUGUUGCAGCUACUAUUGCUGAGGUUUUAGCGUUUAUGCAUGAGGAGCUCCGUGACGAUGGAAUUGCUCAUGGUAGCCUGAAAUCCACAAACAUACUUUUUAACAAGAAUAUGGAUCCAUGUGUCAGUGAAUAUGGGGUAAUGGUGUUCGAGAGUCAAGACCAAUCAUCCCACUCUCAAUCCAACAGCUCCAAAAACAAUGAUUUGGAUCGUGGCCAAAUCUAUGGGAGCUUUAAAGCAGACAUCUAUAGUUUUGGGGUGAUUCUUCUAGAACUUCUAACAGGGAAGCUGGUCCAGAAUAAUGGGUUUGAUCUGGCUCAAUGGGUGCAGUCAGUGGUUAGAGAGGAAUGGACUGUUGAAGUCUUUGACAGGGCCUUAAUUUUGGAAGGUGCAAGUGAAGAGAGGAUGCUGAGCCUCUUGCAGAUAGCACUGAAGUGCAUAAAUCCUAAUCCUUGUGAAAGGCCAAGCAUAAAUCAGGUUGCUGUAAUUGUCAACACGCUCAAAGAUGAAGAAGAUAAAUCCAGCUCCGAACCAUGACCACUCCAAUACCAUACAAAUGACAGACAAUGUGUGUAAAAAUAUUUGCUCUGGGGAAUUUGCCUGUUGAUCCAUUAAAUCCGACUUCAAAUUUCUGUAGUUUACUAGCCCCUUCUUGUAUGUCAAACAAUUCUUUGCUUCAAAAUUUAUGAUGUCGUGAAAAUUAACUUUUGUUCACAUAUUAUACAAAUAUACACCCAAGAAACAAAGAUUUUCUUUGAACCGAAGGAUUCUCAUAUUCAUAUGACAGUAAAAUUAUUAUCACCAUUCCUACUUGUUUAACAGUCUUUGAUAAAUUGUAGUGCACAUGUAUUGCGUACACAACAAAUAUGACGGACUUCUCAAGAUA